UUUUCGUCUUCAUAUCAAUGGAAGCAGAGAAAAUCUUAUUAGAUCUUUCUUGCUUAUAGUGGCGCAUACGGUCUCGAUAACUAGAAAGGAUAAGAACAAAGAUGUCUGAGGCAGAGAAAACACUUGUUGAAAUCUUAGAAGAUAAUAUCCCAAUUGACAUUGCCAAGUACAUAAACUAUGUCAGUGCCCCACAAGCUGGUGCCAUCGCAACAUUUUCUGGCACAACGCGAGACACUUUUGAAGGUAAAACAGUUGUGGAGCUAAGGUAUGAAGCAUAUGUGCCGAUGGCAAUACGAUGCCUCAAAUCCAUAAGUUCAUCAGCUAGAUUGUCCUGGAAUCUCCACUCCAUUGCAUUUGCCCACCGAUUGGGGCCAGUUCCGGUUGGAGAAACGAGUGUCUUUGUCGCAGUCUCAGCAGUUCAUCGCGCUGAUGCUUUGGACGCUUGCAAGUUUUUAAUCGACGAGUUAAAAGCAUCCGUUCCAAUAUGGAAGAAGGAGGUCUACGACAACGGAGAAGUUUGGAAGGAGAAUUCUGAGUUUACUGAGAGACGGCUGGAGCUGGGAAAGAAGGAUGGAGCCUGCUGCGGAAGAAAGAUUGAGGGUGACUCACAUAGCAGAAAAGGAUGCUGCGGAGCUAAGGUGAAGGUCGAUGAUGGAUCAGAGGAUAGUAGCAGUAACAAUGUAGGUAUUACUGUUACACAAACGGAUUAAGACUUGAAGAGGGAUAUUUCAGGUGUCUGAACUCUGAAUUUUUUCCUCCUCUUUUUUAAUUCAAUAAAACAGAAUCCAUGUAAUGGAACCUCAGCUUGCACAUGAAAAACAUGUGGUUUGUACCUUAGAUGGAUUGAACAUGUUGGACGUUGGCAAUUCUUGAAAUGCAAAUAGGGGCGUUUGCCUCUCUUUCAAAUUUCUGCCUUAA